AUCCACGCCCAUUCUCCACGGCCGACCACUGGGAAGACGCGAGGCGGAUCCUUCUUUCUGGUCGCCAAGCGAAGUCCCGUCCAUCAUUGAGCUGCGCCAUUUUGAGCGAGCAGUCCACCUACGUAUCUAGGUCUGCAGAGAAACAGCGUCGAUUGCUCAUACGUACUUCUUUGUAUUUUGCGUUUUAAUUUCAACCGUUCGAUCGUCCAAGACAUCGAAAAUGUCUCGGGAUAGAUUUAACAGGAAUAACGGCGGUGGAAUGAACAAUUUUCAGCCACGUAGGGGUGGCGGCCCUGGUGGCCCGAUGCGAGGCGGACUGAUGGGGAACCCACAUUUCAGGAAUCACCCUUUCGGGAACCAGAACCAGAAUCAGAACCGAGGCGGACACAUGGGUAACAAUCUCAACAAGCCGCCGAACGGUAACCAGGGACCACCGAAGCCGCAGACGCCUCAAUCCACGCCGGCUAUCCUUCCUCCGUCACCAGGCCCUGCUCUAACAAUGAAAGGCCCUAUACAACAGCAGAAGGAGCAGCAGCAGAAAGAACAACAGCUGAAGGAGCAGCAACAGAAAACCCCUACUACCCCCGUACCCCAGCCGAAGAUCACGACACCUACUCCGAACCCCACUAUUACUGCGACUCCACCGAAACCGAUUAUUUCAUCACCUGCCCCGAAACCGAACCUCUCAUCGCCUCCUCCAAAACCGAAUCUAACAUCGCCUCCCCCAAAACCGAAUCUAGCAUCGCCGCCACCAAAGCCGAAUCUAGCAUCGCCGCCACCAAAACCGAAUUUCUCAUCGCCCCCACCAAAACCGAAUUUCUCAUCGCCUCCACCCAACCAGGGAAACCAAGGAAACCAGGGAAACCAAGGAAACCAGGGAAACCGAAAUAUGAACCAGAACAAUCGAAACAUGAACCAGCAGCACCAGAAACCGCAGAUGACCAAUGUAAACGGCCAGCAGCAAAGGCAGAUGGGCCACCAAGGCCACAAGCAGUCUCCACAGAUGAACAAACCAAGGCCCCAGCAGCAGGCCUACAGACCAGAGGGGGGAGGAGAAGGUCCUACGGAACUCAAAGCAACCUUUUCGUUGCUUCUCAAACCCGGUGAGAAGACCUACACCCAGCGAUGCCGUCUGUUCAUUGGUAACCUGCCCAACGAUAUCAGCGAUGAGGAGUUCAAGAAACUGUUUGCCAAGUAUGGAGAGCCAAGCGAAGUCUUUAUUAACAAGAACAAAGGCUUUGGAUUCAUUCGAUUGGAGUCGAGAGCGCUGGCAGAGAUUGCUAAAGCCGAACUGGACGACACGCCCAUGAAAGGCAGACCACUGCGUGUGCGAUUCGCCACACACUCUGCGGCCCUCUCAAUCAAAAACCUUUCGCCCUUCGUCUCCAAUGAGCUCCUCGAAGAGGCCUUCUCACAGUUUGGGAUGGUGGAGAGGGCAGUCGUCAUUGUUGGCGACCGUGGUAAUUCCACAUGCAAGGGACUCGUCGAGUUUGCCUCCAAGCAUGCUGCCCGGAAGGCCCUUGACCGCUGCAAUGAAGGAGUGUUCCUGCUCACUAGUUCGCCGCGGCCAGUGGUUGUCGAGCCCCUGGAACAGUACGAUGACGAAGAUGGCCUCCCAGAGAAGCUGGCCCAGAAGAACCCCAGAUACCAAAAGGAGCGCGAGGAGCCACCCCGCUUCGCCCGGCCGGGGACCUUUGAGUUUGAGUACUCCAAGCGCUGGAAGUCCCUGGACGAGAUGGAGAAGCAGCAGAGGAAGCAGGUGGAGGUGAACAUGCGUGAGGCCCGCGAGAAGCUGGAGAGUGAGAUGGAUGACGCCUUCCACGAGCACCAAGCAACCCUGCUCCGCCAAGACCUGCUGAGGAGACAGGAGGAGCUCCGGCGGAUGGAGGAGAUGCACAGCCAGGAGAUGCUCAAGAGGAAGGAGAUGCAGAUCAGGCAGGAGGAGGAACGUCGCCGGCGAGAGGAGGAGAUGAUCCAUAAGAGGGAGGUGGAGGAGCAGAUGAGGCGCCAGCGUGAGGAGAAGUACAGGGGCAUGGGCAACUUCAUGGAAAGCAGGGAUCGUGAUAUGAGAAUGAAUCAAGGUGGAGCCAUGGGCCUGGCUGACAUGCCUUUUGGCUCUCCAAACCAGAAGUUCCCCAUGGGUGGACUUGGCUUUGAGGGACAGCAGGGUGGGAUGGGAGGACCCUCUCCUGGAGGCAUGAUGCCCAACGAAAUGCGCAAUGAGCGCUUCCCCCAGGGAGGUCCAAGGGGGAUGGGUCCUGGUAACCCUGGGUUUGGUAGGGGCCGCGAAGAGUUUGAUGGACCUGCCAAGAAGCCACGCUUUUAAACGCUGGCCCUGGCAGCCAUUUUGCCAGCAGCGGCGGCCCUCUUUGUGUAGUUCCUCUUAGGGCAAACCUUGUUGAGUCAUAAAUGUUGUAUUCAAGUUUCCAAGUGAUUGUGCAUUUUUAGCCCCAGAGACUCGAGUCAUUUUAUGGCACCUAACGAAAUUUCUUUCCUUUUUAUUUUAUUUUAUUUUUGUAUUUGGAGUAGACCAGUAGGGACCACGUAACCGUGGUCCACUAAUGGGUACCUAAUAUGACCCAUUUAUCAUUUGUUUCUUUAUACAGUUGUCUCAUAUUCUUUUAGUGGUCGUCAUGUAACAAUUGUAAUUUUCUCAACUUUCUAUCUAUGGCUGUGUUUUUGUGCCAACCAUUUGAAGUAAAAGCAUGUAUUACAAUAAAGACAAAUAUUGGUUCCAUCACAGGAAAAAGUCUUUAGAAUUGUUUUCUUAAAACAAGAUGAAAUAUCCACACCAUGAGCAUCCGUUUCCAGUAGUUUCAAAUACAAAAAAUGCCAGGGUGGUCACAAGUCUGAAGGAGAGGAUAACUUACUUGCAUGUAUUUAAAUUUUCAAAGACUUCGUCCAGGCAUUGAAAAUUUGUUUCUGGUUGGAUAACUAAGAAUUAUUCUAACAUGCAUUAUUUACAGUUACUGGUUCAAGCAGCUGUACUUAGUGAUCUUAACUUUUAAGAAGUAAGAUCAAUGCAGCUAGUUGACAUGUAAUGUAUUUUGUAGUUUUUGUUUUUCUUCUAUCAUAAGGGCCUGUCUAUACAAAACCAGGACCUGUUUUUGAGAUCUGAGAUUUGAUCUUGAUUAAUUUGGGGUGUAUCCCCUUCAAAAAAUAACUUUUCUAUGUCUCAAAAUAUCCCCAAAAAACUUUUACUUUGGUUUGGGUCAAUAUUGCAUUGAACAUGUAUCCAAAGAACACAAUAUCUCUUAAGGAACAAAUUAUGGCAGCCCAAUUUGCUGAUAUUCAGAGUAUUCUCCCUGAUCGUUGCACCAGUCAAUGUGUCAAGCUUCUCUUAUACUCUUAUUUUAAGUUGGUUAAUGCUAUAUGUAUUUUAUAAACGAAUGCCAUUAAUUUAUCUUGAUUCAUAAGACUGGAAAACACCGGUGCAAGGUUUGUCAUUUCCUUUGGCAAUCCAAUAUUUCUUAGGUGUGUUACUGAAUUAAUCGUUUCCAUUACUAUUUAUUUCCAAUCUGCUUGAAAGAAGGCAAGCGUCCCAAUAUGAUCCAUCUAGUAUUCAGCUCCAUAAGGAAGCAUCAGAUGUGCCCAAGUAAUGCCUUUAUUUUAGCCAAGACAAGAUUGUGUUUGCAUUUUACACUCAAACAAAGAAGGUAUGCCAACAGGUGCCCUUACCUGGAAAAAAAAAAAUCUAAAUUCAUCAUUGAGCCUCGAAUGCUUGUCUCCAAAAUGAUGUCCUCAUCCGCAAUAAGUAGCCAAGUUUUAAGUGAAGUUCUUGGAAAAUUGUAGGUCAUAGCGUACAAGUAGCUAUUGUGAUUUGUUAUUUGCUCAGCAUUGUGUUGCUGUUUAUUUAAUUGAUAACGCAUCCACUGUAGAGCUGUAUGUAGAUAAGGGCUCAAUCUACUUAAACAGAAUGGUUCUUAUUUUCUUGAUAAUACAUUAAUUAAAACAUUUAAUUUCUGCCAAGUACCUUCUGUUGGAUAUCACUAAAUACUACACACUGUACUUGUAAGGCAACUGGAUUGGACAAUCCAAGCAUUCCGGAUGGGUCCUGACAAAGAAUAAUUGUCGUUUCAAAAAAUGGCAAAAGUAUUUCAGAAAUCAAGUUGUAACUGCUUUCUAACUGGCUGCCUGCUUUGACUUUGGUGAAAUAUCCACUGUCAAUCAGGCAAAAUUAUACCUUAUGGUCAAGCACUAAAACAUUGCAAACAUAUUAUUGCAAGUAACUCCCUAUGAGAGUUGGUUUGUGACUUCAAAUCGACCUUGUGCUUAUUCUCUUAAGCUUACGCUUUCUAUAGGAAUGUGAACUGAAUUCAAGUCUUGAGAUUGAUCCGGUUAGCAGGAUCUCUCGGGUUUGUGCUUUACCAAUAUUGGAGCAUUGUGAUCAUGCCCAAUAAAUUAAUCGGAGUAAUUUUCUUACCACCUUGUUCAUUUUUCUCUAUAAAUUAUUAAACAGAAUUCUUCAAUACUUGAUCAAUUUAUUGUAAGAAGUCUUCAUUAUAAGCACUUAUUAACUUAGAUAUUGAAUAAUUCUUAAGCUUGAUGUUGAACGUAGUAUCAAAAUAUGCCAUUAAAAAAAAGAAGUAAUGUUUUUAUAUCAUACAAUCUUUUCAUAUGUAUCAUUGGAAGAAUCGUUAAUCGUACGAGAUAUGAGUAUACUUCGAAUUGUCAUUUGUUAAUUCUGGGCACGGUACAAAUAUGUAUGUUAUACGGAUUAGUGGAUAAAUAUCUUGGUGAGAAAAUGGAGUGCCAUAUUAAUAAACGUGCCAUUUUAAGAAUGGCAUGUUACCAAGUACUAUUUUGCUAGAGAUGCACUUUAGCUCGAAGCAUCAACUAUUUGCCUGAAAAGUUACUAGAACAACGGCACUUUCAAUAGAAGAGAACAAAUAUAUAUAUAGCACUAUACUAUGCGCUACAAUCAGAAUUUUAAACGAUUGGAAGAGUAAAAUCUUGAAGUUAAUCCUGAGUUGAUAACUAUAUAUAUGAAACCGCAAAUUUGAACUCCAAGUUUGAAUAUAAGGAAACGUUCUCCUGGAUAAUUGUUUGUGUCAGAAUAAGACAUGCUCCACUUAUGAUAAAACAGCCACCCAGAAGAACAUAUCCAUCGAGAAGAUCAACCUUUUGUAUAGAACCUAACCCAACCAUGGAGGACCACAACAAUUGGCUGUAGGUUAAGCUAAAAAUAUGAUUGGAAAAUUGGAAAUAAAUUGUGAAUUUUAACAUGUCAUGUUAUGUAUAUGCUUUGGUGUUAUUCACAUUCUUUCUUUUAACAGGUUUGAUCAUCUUAAAAGUGGACAAUGAAAAGCAAGUGACCAGAACGAGUCUUAAUUGCUGACUUUAGUCCUGCCUUUUAAAAGGUGGAAAAAAAUGUGAAAGACAAUGUUAUCUCCCUAUUGACAUAUGCAUGUCUAGUUUAUAUAGCCUAUAUAUAUUUUUGAUUUUUGCAGAAAAGGAAAACUUUGUUUUAAUAAGUAACUGCUUUAUUUAACACAAUUUACAUAAAUCUAAUUGACAAAUAUAAUUUAAUCUGCAUUAACAAAAUGUAAUUGUUCGUUAAUAAAAAACCUCCUUAUAACGGGCAAGUAAUAACCUAAGAGCCCCCAGAUAAAAAAUAGUUUUUCCUUUUCUGGCAUCCACCGUGUGCCUUAAUUUGAACUUAAAUUAGUUGUCUUUCCAAUUACAGCACUAACAUUGGUGUGGCCAUUAGAGCCUGACCAAUACUGUGUUUUAGGGUCCGACAAAUAUUAUCAAGUCAAAAAUGACUGAUAUAUCGGCCGAUAUUCAAAAAUAUCGAUAUGCCUGUUUUUUUUAAAAUAAAUAAAUAAAUAUAUAUAUAUAUUGUGGUAUCCUUGGGGUAGAGCUGCUCCUUGGGAUUUGCUGCUCAACCGCCAGCAAUUAUUUCGGCCACAGCAACAUCGCCUUACAAUCAUGAGCUAAAGGAACCAAUUAAAUGUGUGGGGAGGAGCUACUAAAUUUCACACAGAACAUGACAAACUGUUAAUGUUGGGAGUGUUAACGUGGAUGUACUCAGUUCGUUUUUUGAGAUUCCAGACUAACUUUUUCCUUGGGUGCACUGGUGCGCCUACAUUUUUUAAUUUGGGUGCACCAGCACGUAUUU